UCUUUUUCUUCCGUCUUCAAUACUGGGGGGAAAUUAGGGAAGAUGUGAUGUUCACAAAGACAGUGAAGGAAGUUCGACAGCGGCCAUAAUAUUGCAUCGAAAGUGUAUCAAAUGUGCAAAGACUCAAGACAGAUACCUGAUUAGGAGAUCGUCGAUGCUCACACAAAACACUUAGAACAUAGAUUAACCUAGGUAAACAAAGAGAAGAGCAACACAGAAGUUUCCGUUUUGGAGACAGUAGCGUUGUAAUUGUAAUUUCUUUCGAAAUGAAUUGUAAUGUGCGCCUGCGCCUUUAAGAGACGCCAGUUCGUCGGGAUGACGUAAUGCUCUUUUCUCCGCCAUGACCUCAGCGCCUUUGGACGCGGAUAAAGUUUGGACGAGCGAGCACACAACGCCUGUAAAACUGUUUUUGUUCGGCAACGGUUGAAGUUGGGUCCCCGCCUGGGCCUCGAAAGACUCCGAUGUCGAACGUUCGAGCGUUCAAAGAUUUCCCGCGCCUGACGUCAGACUCGGGACGUCAUCGCGGCGUUGGCCGUCGUGACAUGGCGGAAGCCUCUUUGGCGACAGAGCCGCCCACACCCGUCCGGGUGCGCUCCCUGCCGGCGGAGGCGCUGGCGGGUCUGCUAGAGGGGGGCCGAAGGGUCCCGGGUCAAGCAGGGGGCGUGCUGCUGGUGGACAGCCGACCCUUUGCGGACUUCAACGCGCGACGCAUCGCCCACGCCGUCAACGUCAACGCAUCCAAGCUGCUUAAGCGGCGGCUGCAGCGGGACAAAGUUCACGUCAAGGACGUCCUGCGCCAGGCCGCCGGAAGCGAGGUGGCGCUGGAGGCCGGCCUGCAGCUGGUGGUCUACGAUGAGGAUUCGUGGGAUGCGUGCGCACUGCGCAGUGACGCCUUCGCUGCCGUCCUGCUCCUCAAGCUCCAGCCGCACUUCCCGUCCGUGCGCCUGCUGGCCGGCGGCUUCUCGCAGUUUUCUCACCAGUUUGCGUGCCUGUGCGAGGGGAAGCAGACGCCGGUGGCGGCGGCGGCGAAGCCGUCGUCUCCGCCGGCCGCGACACCGGGCCCCACCCGCAUCCUGCCGCACCUAUACCUGGGCUGCCAGCGGGACGUCCUCAACAAGGAAGCGAUGCAGCGCGACGCCAUCGCCUACGUGCUGAACGCCAGCAACACGUGCCCCAAACCCGACUUCAUCGCCGACUCGCGCUUCCUGAGGGUUCCCGUGGACGACGGCUUCUGCGACAAGAUCCUCCCCUGGUUGGACGCCUCGCUGGACUUCAUCGAGAAGGCCAAGGCGUCGGACGCCCGCGUGCUGGUCCACUGCUUGGCGGGCAUCUCGCGCUCGGCCACCAUCGCUAUCGCCUACAUCAUGAAGCGGAUGGACAUGUCGCUGGACGAGGCGUACAGGUUUGUGAAGGAGAAGAGGCCCAGCAUCUCCCCCAACUUCAACUUCCUGGGUCAGCUGCUAGACUUUGAAAAGAAGAUCUCCCGAGAAGCGCGACGGCAAGUCCCGGCCGGUGGACAGCAGGUCCCGGCCGGUCGACGGCACUCCGCUCGGCCGGACGAGCUGGCGCGGGGCCCGGAGGACGCCGCCCAACUCCACGGCGCCCCAGAGUCAGCACGUCACUUCUCCCCCGUGGAGGAGGUCUCUGAGCAAAGUUGGGACGAGUCCGCCGUCCCUCGCCGGUGGGCACCCGGAGCUUGGCCCGGCGGCACCCUCAGAGGGUGGCACUCGGACAUCCUGCCGGCCCCGGGGGGCCGCCGUUGCCUCUCCCCCUCGGAUACGGCGCGCUUCUACUCGGCGGCGUUUGCUCGCGGGCCGGAGGCGCCGCCGCGGCAGCCCCGAGCGUCCGACCGCGGCGUUUCUCGCAGGAGUUGGCAUGAGGAGAGCCACUUUGAGAAGACCCGAAGUUAUCCGGACGGGACGGAAACCCAGCUGGCCACGCCAGACAGCUUUUCUGCCAGCUUGGAGCUCAUCGGCGUGUCCUGACGCAAAGGCCAAAGGUCACGCCCAGCCGCUGGGGUCAUUUUGCAUAUGGAGGAAGCACGGACGUUGAGC